AUGGAACCAGAAGUGACUGUCAACGGGGCUUACACUGUUAAUGACAUACAUCCCUGCUAUGGAUCAGAUAAUACUACUUACAUAUUUACAAGUAACCCUUCCAUAAUAUGUGCAUUAUUAUAUAUUUUCCUUGGCUCACUAUCUGUUGUGACUAUAUGUGGAAACCUUCUUGUAAUAAUCUCCAUCAUUUACUUCAAACAGCUCCACAUCCCUACUAACUACCUCAUCCUGUCUCUGGCUAUGGCCGACCUGCUUGUUGGAAUUUUAGUUUUUCCUUUCAGCAUGGCAUUCACUGUAACCUCAUGUUGGCAUCAUGAGGGCUUAUUUUGUAAGGUACGAGGAAGCUUUGACGUUACACUGAGCACGGCUUCUAUUUUAAACUUGUGCUGUAUUUCUAUUGACAGAUAUUACGCAGUAUGUCAGCCUCUCGCUUAUAAAAGUAAAAUAAAUGAUCGUGUCAUUGGGAUUAUGAUCCUGGCGAGCUGGGGAGUCGCUGCUCUAAUUGGCAUCGGCAUCGUAAUUGUAGGUUUUAAUCAAGGAAAAUGUGAAGAAAGUUGUUUAAUUGAUUCUCUAAUAUCAACCACUCUGGCAUGUAUUUUUUCCUUUUAUAUUCCAGUCAUUAUAAUGCUUAGUAUCUACCUGAAAAUUUUCCUUGUUGCACAGAGACAGGCCCGCAGCAUUCAGAACACAACCUGUCAGAGCACAAAGUCUGGAGCAACUGCCAGUAAGAUGGAAAGAAAGGCCACCAAAACUCUGGCUAUUGUUAUGGGAGUUUUUCUCUUAUGUUGGAGUCCUUAUUUUCUUUGUAUCAUCUUUCAGCCUUUAACGUACGAUGUUACACCAAUUGCUGUGAUUGAAACACUUAACUGGCUUACAUUGUCAAAUUCAAUGCUUAAUCCGUUUAUUUAUGCUUUCUUUUACAGCUGGUUCAGAUCAGCUUUCAGAAUGAUCAUUUCUGGGAAAAUAUUUCAAGGUGAUUUUGCGAAUUCAAAACUCUUUUGA